UCUGCCAUCGGGCUUCAUUAUUUUCCAGUCGGCUGGCUGCGCCUGGAGUUUCUGAAAAUGGACUCAUCAAAACUGCCUCUGAGAAGGAACAGAAGCCAGCAGGGAAGGAGAGUGAAGAGACGUCCAGCGAACCGUCCAGCACCUCUUAUGGAAUUUCUACUGCUGACCAGUCUGCAAGAGCUCACUGAAGAUCAGCUGAAGAAAUUUCAGUCUUACCUGACUAGUGGCAGGAUAUUUGGCUUUCCUCUCAUCCCAGAGAGACAGCUGGAGAACACUGACAGACAGGACACAGUGGAUCAGAUGGUGGAGAGUUACGGCCUUGAGGGAGCUGUGAGGAACACGGGGAGGAUCCUGAGGGAGAUGGACCGAGAUGAUCUGGCAGAGAAGUUAGAGAGAGAUCACACUAGAGCAACAACAUGGUGGAGAGACUCAUCAGACAGUGAUAAAUGGAGAAGGAGGAAGGAGCAUAAGGCAAUGAGAAAAAGAAAAGAAAAAAGAUCCUCCAUGUUGGAUGUUCCAGCUCUGCUGCUGACCGGUCUGAAGGAGCUCACUGAAGAACAGCUGACGACAUUUCAGUUUUACCUGACUACAGACCAGCUGCUUGGCUUUCCUUCCAUCCCAGAGAGUCAGCUGGAGAACACUGACAGACAGGUCACAGUGGAUCAGAUGGUGAAGAGAUACAACCCUGAGGGAGCUGUGAGGAUCACACUGGGGAUCCUGAGGCAGAUGGAUCUGGAUGAUCUGGCAGAGAAGUUACAGAGAGAUCACACUAGAGCUUGGCUGCUGAACUCUCUGGAGGAGCUGAACAUAAACGAGCUGAAGACAUUUCAAAACUACCUGAAUAGUGGCAAGUUGCUUGGCUUUCCUCCCAUGCCAAAGAGCCAGCUGGAGAACACUGACAGACAGGUCACAGUGGAUCUGAUGAUGAAGAUAUACGACCCUGAGAGAGCUGUGAAGAUCACACUGAGGAUCCUGAGGUGCAUGAAUGACCAUGAUCUCACUGAGAAGUUACAGAGUGAUCACACAGAACCCUCCGGCCCUGAGGAAGCUGUGGAGAUCACACCGGAGAUCCUGAAGAAUAUGAACUGGGAUGAUCUGUCAGAGGAGAGAGAGAGGUUUCCUGAGGACUUUGAACCAGAGGACUAUGAUCAGGAGGACAAUAGAACAUACCGGUUCCAGUGCCCCAGUGCAGGUCUGUUCCAGUGCAGUAUAACAGGCCUGGUGUUUAAGAUGGAGGGAGAAGUAGAGGUUCUCUAUAGGACAGUCCCCUGGGGCAGGAGGCUUCUAGCCCAGAGUGUCAAGAGGCCUGCAGGACCCCUGUUCAAGUUUAGAUGCCUUAAGGGGUCUGUCUGUCAACUACACCUCCCCCACUGUGAGAUCUGCCCUGGUGGUGGAUGUGACUUCCUGUCUGUAGCCCAUGUGACUGAUGACAUCAUUGAGUUAAUCCCUCCUCAUAAGAUAACAGAAACACACGUCAUAAUAAACAUCUAUGGAUUCUGUGAUUAUGGCCUCAUCAAGGAUAAGGAUUCUCCUGUCUUCCCUAUCAAAGCCCAGGUGUUGUUGUUCUACCAUCCAUCAGAUGACCCUGAACUGGAACCUGUACUGCAUGUGUUGUUGCUGCCGCGGAACGUUGUCCUAAUGAAGGUGCAAGAGGAGAGGGCGAGGAGGAAUGGCAUGAGAGAAACCUUCAUUGAAACAACCUCUGACUGUGAACUGACCCCUGAUCAGAUUUACAGCCUCUCCACUGAUGGGUAUCAUAAGGUGACACCUAAGAACAAAAAGUUUGAUAAUGAUAAAGACUACGAAAACUACACCACAACGUUUGCGGUAUUCUUACCUGCCAAAGUUCAAAAAGCUGAACUGACAUUGAAGAAGAAGAAGAAUAUAGCCUGGUCCAUAUUAGACCUACUGUCCAGUCUAUUUGUGAAUCAUGAAUAUCCGUGGAAGGGUUUCUACAGAUACCAUGGUAACAGUUCAGAUAAAACAGUCCAUGUUUGAUAAAGCACUAAUCAGUGUAAUGUAAACUCCUAACUCCCAAGGAGAGACAGGCCCACCGCUGGGCAGAGGAGCAUAAUUAAUGACUGAGAUUAUUACUCAU